AUGCUAGCCGACGGAAAGAUCGACUCGCUAGAUACGCAUUUGGAGCAGUUCAAACUCAAUGAUCAGGCCAGGCAAAAUGAUCUAACAUUCAACGAUGAGUUCAUUCGCGACAAGGAAGAAGGCGGAAUGCGCGCAGCUCGUAUGCUCAACGACGCCGUUGAGAAAUACCUCCAGCAAAGCGUCCCACAAAGCCGGUCCGCUCGCAUACACGUGAAAAUCUACGCAGACUUGACCAAUCUAUCCAAGCAACUAGCUAGGUCCAAGCUCGUCGGUUUGGAAAAGCGUUCGCUCUCUCCCUUCUCGGCUGCGUUUACCCGAGCCAUCAGCCUCUUCGACUUCGUUGAUGCUUUAGAUGAAGAAGGCACCAAAUUUAAGAUCCGAGAACACUUCAAGAUUGCCUCCGAGGAUAGUGCGUGCAGCCAUAUUUUGUACGCUGCUUGCCACGAUCCGGCUUACUUAUCUCAACUCGUACCCUUCAGCGGCGUGAGAGACAAGAUUACCCUUGUCCAAGGCGCCGGAUGGAACUCGGAGUUCCACCAGUUCAAUUUGAAUGUCACGCAGUUCCCCACUGUCUUUAGAUGGUCGGAACUUCCCGUUACUGUAUCUUCUGCAAAAGGUGGUGCAGCUACACUGCCCAAACAAAAGGCAUUAGCUGCAGUACAGAAACCAAUACUCACACCCGGCACACCAACUCCGCGCAAAGAGUCAUGGAGGCGAGACGACUCCUUCAGCAUGAGCGACUCUGCCUUCGGCGAUCUAUCCCCGGUAGAAUCCAACAGUUUCUUCGACCAAGAACGCGUAGGUUGGGAAGACCGCUCUGCAUACACCCAAACAGCCAAAAACGGUUCUUCGAAACCAGAAAAUAACUCGCAGCUAUGCAAAUACUUCCAGAAAGGAAAUUGCCGCUUCGGCGCCAAAUGUAACUUCCUCCACAUCCCCAGUACCCACUCGAAGACAAACGGAUCCGGCUCUUCCCAGCCACCAAAAGGGCCCUCAGGGGCGCCAUACCCCUCUCUCCCACUCUCAUCUCAAUCAUCCCAACACCAGUCCUCCUCCCAAACCCCGAUUUCCGCCCUCCUCCCCGCCGCCUCAAUCCCCGGCUUCGUUCCCUUGAACACAUCCCAUCAACGCCUGGACCCUUACCUCCCCAUGCCCCCUCCCUCCGCCUGGAAAAUCUACAACGCGCGCUUCGCCAAAGCAAAGCCCUGCAACACAUUCCACCUGCAACAGCGCUGUACCACCCCAAAUUGUCCUUUCGACCACAGCGAACUGGAGCCCGAAGCAAGACAGGUAUUGGAGUAUGUGGUCAAGUGUAAUCCUUGUCCGAUGAAAGGGGCUUGUAGGAGGGGCGAUUGCUUUUAUGGACAUCAUUGUCAGAGGGAGGGGUGUAGUGAGGGGGACGGGUGGGGGGCUAAGAAGUGUCGGUUCAAGAGGGAGAUGCAUUACGGUGAGAGGGAUUUAAAGGUUGGGAGUCUGGUGCCCGCCGGGGAGGAUGUGGGUGGGAAUGGGGAUGGAAUGGGGAUGAGUGGACUGGAGGUUGGUGAUAGAGAGGAUUUCAUGUGGUAG